UCUAGCAUGCUCUUAGAGGACGGGCACUACCAGUUGAGGCGUAGUGUUCCACGCAGACGCAGGUACCAGCUUCGAGAUCUAAUCGAGCUCACUGAUGCCGCCGAUGGCCGUGGACAAGCAAUGGCUGCUUGUCCUCUUCGUUCUCGCCUUCUUGACGCCGGCCUGCUUGGCGAGUGGCGGAGAGGAGCCGGCGAGGUUCCAGAUCCCGCGAGACGGGAGCGUCGUGGAACUAGACGAGAGCAACUUCGAGGCGGCGCUGGCCGCCGUCGAUUUCCUCUUCGUGGACUUCCACGCCCCCUGGUGCGGCCACUGCAAACGCCUCUCCCCGCAGUUGGAUGAAGCUGCUCCGGUUCUUGCUGGGCUGAGCACCCCAAUUGUAGUCGCGAAAGUAAAUGCAGAGAAGUACAAAAAGCUUGGGUCCAAAUAUGGAGUAGAUGGCUUCCCUACUCUUAUGCUUUUUGACCAUGGAGUCCCCACAGAGUAUACUGGUUCAAGGAAGGCCAGCCAGCUCGUUGAGAGCCUGAGGAAGCUUGUCGCACCUGAUGUUUCUCUUCUCAUGUCCGAUGCAGCAAUCAAAAGUUUUGUCCAGGAAGCUGGUGUGGGUUUUCCGUUAUUUAUCGGAUUUGGGGUGGAUGAAUCCUCCAUUGCCGAGUAUGGAGCAAGGUACAAGAAGAAGGCAUGGUUUUCUACAGCAAAGGAUUUCUCUGAGGAUAUGAUGGCCGUGUAUGAUUUUGACAAGAUACCAGCGUUGGUUUCGCUCAACCCAAAAUAUAACGAGCAGAAUGUUUUUUAUGGCCCCUUUGAAGGAACCUUCUUGGAGGAUUUUAUACGGCAAUCCCUGCUUCCGAUAACUGUGCCCUUCAAUGCAGAGACUGUAAAGAUGUUAAAAGAUGAUGAUAGGAAAGUAGUCCUUGCAGUUCUGCAGGAUGAAUCUGAUGAAACUUCCAUGCGGUUGAUAAAAGUUUUAAGAUCUGCAGCCAAUGCAAACCAUGACCUAGUGUUUGGAUAUGUGGGAGUCAACCAAUGGGAGGAAUUCACCGAGCCUUUCCAUGAUUCUAAGAGCUCACAGCUGCCAAAGUUGGUAGUCUGGGACAAAGAUGAGGAGUAUGAAGUGGUUGAGGGUUUGGAGAGUUUGGAAGAAGGUGACCAUGGAUCCCAAAUUAGUCGUUUUCUCGAGGCAUAUAGAGCUGGAAGAACAAUAAAGAAGACAUUGGGCAGACGUUCCCCAACGCUGCUUGGUAUGAAUGCGUUGUACAUCCUCCUCUUCUUGGUGGCUGUGCUUGUUGUUCUGAUGUUUUUCUCCGGGCAAGGCGACGAAGAUCGCCAGCCAACACGAGCCCAUCAAGAAUGAAUGUGUAGUAGUUUUUGGCUGCAGACUAAGCUUAAGGAUUUCCUGCAGCAGAAGAAUAGAAUUGAUGCUUUAGAAAGGGGAACCUGGAGACGAGGAUAUUCUGAUUUUAAAUUUCACAUGCCUUAGUUUUGACCUUCCCUUGUCCGACCUGGCAGUCACUAGCCCCUCUGUUUAGCGAUUUUAUGUCAUGUGAAGUUAUUGAUUUUAUAUCAUGUGAAGUUAUUGACUUGCACCCCAGAAUAUAUCAGGUCAGUUAUCUCCUUUGGCCCAUGGAAUUUCAUAGGAUUUUUGGAGGAUUUGGAUCAUUAGAAACAAAAUUACGUUCGUCGUCGA